CAUUGUAACAAAAUUCUUGUUUCAAAUAUUAUUUCUUCUGAUAAAAAUUUUUAGUAAAAUUAAAUUUUCAAGAAUGUUUCCCUCUCUUCGACUUAACAUUCAACGAUGCAGUCAUCUGGUGAUUAAACCAGGAAAUCCAGGAACUGUUCAAAUUCCUCCUUCUACGUUUUACAGCUCAAAAGCAAGCAAAGGAAAGGAUGAUAAAAAGGGAAAGAUGUGCAGCCCAGCAAAGCAGGAUAAGAAAAGUGACUCCAAGGUCGAGAAAGGCAAGAUGUGUGGACCAAGCAAGAACAUGAAGGAGAAAGGUAAGGUGAUGUGUGGAGGGAAGACGGAGGAAGGAUCAGGUGAAGAUAAAGGAAUAUCUGAGUAUCCCAGGAUCGGCAUCAACGGGUUCGGCAGGAUAGGGAGAAUGGUGAUGAGGAUAGCUGCAGAGCACGGUUGUCCUUUGGAGAUCGUAGCGGUUAACGACCCCCAGAUGAAGCCAGAGUACAUGGCUUACUUGCUUAAGUAUGAUUCCACUCAUGGCCGCUUUGUCUCUGAUGUGGAAGUGGAGGGGAAGCAACUGGUUAUGGAAGGCAGGAAGGUCUGUACUUAUCAAGAAGCCAACCCAAAAAAUAUUCCUUGGAAAGAUCUAGGUGUGGAUUAUGUGAUUGAAGCAAGUGGGAAAAACACAACGACGGAGAAAUGUCAGGGUCAUCUGGACGCUGGCGCCAGACACGUUGUGGUGGCCGCCCCAUGUAAAGACAACUGUCCCACGUUCGUGGUCGGUGUCAACCUGGACGAGUACGAGACCAACAUGAGCAUUGUUUCUGCCGCUUCCUGCGCGACCAAUGCUCUUGCACCGCUCACCAAAGUGCUACAUGACAAGUUCGGGGUUGUAGAGGGCUUCAUGACAACAGUGCAUGCUAUCACUGCUUCACAGAGAAUACUGGAUCAGGCGUCCCAGAAGAAUUGGCGGGAGAGCCGUGGUGGUUUGCAGAACAUGAUCCCAACAUACACCGGGGCUGCGGCAGCGCUAGGCAAGGUUCUACCUCAGCUACAAGGAAAGAUGACGGCGCUGUCUAUCAGAGUACCCAUCCCUACUGUGUCUAUGAUAGACCUGACUGUCAGGACAAAGCAGGCAACAUGUCUGGAUGAAAUCACUAAGGCGAUGGUGGAAGCGAGUGACGACAGCAUGUUGGGAAUAAUGGACGUCACCUCUGAUGAGAUAGUGUCCUCCGACCUCAUAGGGUCACACUAUUCAGUCAUCUACGACCCCAAGGCCAGCAUGGAACUUAAUAAGAACUUCUUCAAAUUGAUAGCUUGGUUCGAUAACGAGUACGGCUACACCUGUAGAGUUAUUGACCUUAUCAAGUUCAUGCAUGCAGAAGCAAAGGAAGCUGAGAAUUCUUGAAGAAGAGUCUACAAAACACAAUCCUACUCUGUAUGAUUUUGUCCACGAAUUCUAUUUAUGAAUUAAUGAAUAAAAAUA